CUGGAUGUUUCAUUCAUGCUCUCUCCUUCGCCAUCUCUCUCUCCGACUCAGGGGAAACGGGAGCGCGCGUGGGCGGCCGCUGGAAGGCUCCCUGUCAGUCAAGCGGCCGAGCUGCAAAGAAGGCGAGCGAAGGAGAAGGAGGGAGAACAGCUUUCUGAGGGGAGGGGGCGGCUGUUGUCGCUGUCAGCCUCGCAGCCCUUCCCGGGGGCAUCUGCGGAGACCUUCCCGCCUCGGGAGGAAGCAGGGGGGCCGGCCGGCUCCUCUCCUGCCCGUUCAUCACCUGUCUCCCCUCCGCACACACCUACUCAGCGGCGAUUGCGGGGGGGCAGGGGGGAACGGCGGCCGCUCUGUCUGGCGGGAGUGCCGAGCGGACGGGUCUGUGCCUCCGGCGCAGAGGAGGCAGGGCGCUGUGGCGAUCUUCGUGUACGUGUCUGCCGGGGACUGCGUGGGCGACGCGCCGGCGGAGGGGGCUGCCUGCCCCUGCCGCUCUCCGGGGGGCGCCCGGUGUGUGUGUCAAUGGAGCGGGGUCUUCCCAAUCCAGCCAUUAUGGAGUCAGUGGAUGAAGCUGAAGGACAACGGGGACAGCUGAACAGGAAGGAGCAGUCCCUGAAAACCUCACAGAAAACAGCACUGCAUGGUUGGGCUGCCCGGUGGAAUGGAUUAAUGCCUGGAGACAGCAUGUAUCUGUUUGUCUUCUCACAGAUCCUGCUUCUCUGCAUGAUGCUGUGGUACAGCACUUAUGGGACCAUCCCAGCAGCCCAGAAUGCCUUUGACCUGCUGUCUUACUUGCUUACCCCAUUUAAACAGUUUUUGUCAGAUCAAGGGGAGGACCUGACUAGAAUUGGGAGCAUUGUGGUAUCAUACAUCCUGCUGUCUUUAGCUUCUUUAGGACUGUUACUUGUGGGAUCUCUGUUUUGGCAUCUCCUCAGAGCCCGUCCAGACCUCACCUUUCCACUGCAAGAGGACAGACGCCAAUCUGUGAGCCGGCAGCCUUCGUUCACGUACUCAGAGUGGACAGAGGAUAAAAAUGAGGACGACUUCCUAGAUUUGGAUCCUGUACCAGAGACUCCGGUCUUUGACUGCGUAAUGGACAUAAAAGCGGAGACAGAUCCAGCUACUCUAACGGUUAAAUCUGUGGGCUUGCAAGAAAGAAGAGGUUCAAAUGUUUCACUCACACUGGAUAUGUGUACCCCAGGCUGUUCUGAGCAAGGGUUUGGCUAUGUCAUGUCACCACGGGAGCAGUCAGCCCAAGAAUACCUCCAGACAGCAUCAAACAUCCUUACUGAAGAGGAACUGCACAAGAAAGCACUGGAUCCUUUCAUACUCCAGGCAGAGUUCUUUGAAAUUCCAAUGAAUUUUGUGGAUCCAAAGGAAUAUGAUAUUCCAGGCUUAGUGCGUAAGAAUCGCUACAAGACCAUUCUCCCAAAUCCUCACAGCAGAGUGUGCCUUACCUCAGCUGAUCAGGACGACCCCCUUAGCUCUUACAUCAAUGCUAACUACAUCAGGGGCUAUGGAGGCGAGGAAAAAGUAUAUAUUGCUACUCAGGGACCGAUAGUUAAUACUGUCAGUGAUUUCUGGAGAAUGGUGUGGCAGGAGCGUUCUCCCAUCAUUGUCAUGAUUACCAAUAUAGAAGAGAUGAAUGAGAAAUGCACAGAAUAUUGGCCAGAAGAACAAGUCACCUAUGAAGGAAUAGAAAUCACAGUUAACCGAGUCAUACAAGCAGAUGAUUACCGUUUAAGGCUCAUCACCCUAAAGAAAGGAGAAGAAGUCAGAAACCUGAAACAUUACUGGUACACGUCUUGGCCAGACCAGAAGACACCAGAUCAAGCCCCUCCUCUGUUACAGCUAGUACUGGAAGUGGAGGAAGCAAUGCAGAGUGCAGAAGAGAAGAAUGCCCCAGUCAUUGUUCACUGCAGUGCAGGCAUCGGGAGGACUGGCUGCUUUAUUGCAACUAGUGUCUGUUGUAAACAGCUGAAGAGCGAGGGCAUAGUUGACAUAUUGCGAACAGCCUGCCAGUUACGGUUAGACAGGGGAGGAAUGAUCCAGACUUGUGAACAGUAUCAAUUUGUGCAUCAUGUCAUGAGUUUGUACGGAAAACAGCUUUCUAGAGCAGCAGAAGAAUAAGUGUUCAUGAUAUUCCUAAAGGCUAAAACCAAGAGAGCUUUUGACUGCAUUCAGAUGUAUUUCAGAUCUGAUAAGAGACACAUGGUAACCUGGCUGUCCUAGCUGGAAAAAUAUAUUGGUUUACUUUGAUAUUGCUUUUAUGCUCUUGUUUGCAUUGACAUUUAAGAGCUGAGGUACGCCUUGUCUUAAACAUACAUGACAGGACAUAAUCUUCACCAAAAAAAGGCUUAUUUAUACUGUAAAUAAGAAUACUAGCUUCAUUUGUUACAAAAGCAACACAAAAAAAUCAGGAAAAAAAAAAUCCACUGUCUUCAGUUUGCUAUUUUUAAAAGAUCAUUGCUAAUAUAUCCAAAUACAGUGUGAAACUUUUUGAAUUGUCAUGCUGAAAUGUGCCGUAUGUUGACUAAGCUUGAAAGUAACUUUUUGCCUCUUUCUGAUUGUUUUUACAUAUAAAAUUACCGAAUACUGUGUGUAUCGUAAACCUUCUGAGCCUCUGUGUUGGGAGAUUCAAGUAGAUUCACAUUGAAAUUAUGUUUCACACAUCAUGUUUGCUUGUUUAUUUUUCCUAAAGCAGUCCACCACCAUUGUUACCAGAACUAAGGGGAAGAAAAUAUUUCAAUGAUGUGAGUAAAAUUCUUACCUGCAGUUCUUACCAGCAGUGUAUUCCAGUAUCAUGACAGCUGGGUGAAUCUGAGGUGAACAGUAAAAGUUAAUCUGAAAAGAAAUUCUUCACACUUUUUCUUUGUCAAUAUUCUGGCAUCUCAGUCUACAACCAGAUCUGAUUUUUGUAAAUAGUUUUUCUUUUUAUGUAGUCAGACCACAAUCCGAAUACAAUUUUCCCGGAAAUCUGAGGUUUAAAAUCAGGUGAGGAAUUUUGUGACUUGAAUUUAUCUUCAUUAAAAGUGUAGUAAUAAAAUCACUUGUAUUGUAUGAAGUUAAACUGGUUUCAAAGCUUUGCAGGUGACCAGGUGCCUAGUGCUCAUUAAAAUUAAUGCAAAUCCUAUAGGCAGCUUAAAAAAAAUGUCAGUCUGAAUGUCUUGGCUGUUUUUUGAUAAAUUUGCCCUCAAGCCAAAUAUAGACAAUCAUUUAGUCCAUUCUAAUCACUACUCUGGUCAGCAGUGUUUAAAAGCAUGGGCAGCAGUCUGUAUUAUUGAAAACUAUUUUUAGACCUCAGUCAGGCUGUGAAGACUGGAGUUUGUGUUUAGUGCUUAGAGGUAAGCACAUGUUUAAGUGAUUUGUUGAGCAGAGAAAAAUUGAGGUACGCAGGACCCUUAACAUGAAAGAUAAAUGUUUUGUGAAUAGAAGCUGUAAUGAUCUACUAAAAAUAUUUUUACUUAUCUUUAUUUAUAACAAUAACCAAAACCCACAGCUUUUAUUAGUGCAGGAGAUUCUGAGAAUUUACUGCACUUCCUAAUCAGGAGAAGGUAAAGCAGCUCUCAGAACAAUAAGGGCUGAUCCUGCUCCCACUGAGGUUUUGCCGUUGACAUCAGUAGGUGCAGGUUUGUACGGCCUGAAAUGUUAUGCCUACAAUUUCAUCACUGUGGGGAAAGUUUCCCAAUAUUGCAGUACACAUCCUUUGUGUUUAUUCUGUAUCCAUGAACCUGUAAAAAUCCUGUCAGCAGGGUUUGCAUGAAUGUGUGGUAAAAUGUGUUAUCUUUAAACCACUUGAUUUUAUUGCUGUAUUUAAAAUAUUUCCUUCAGUGAGAAGCUAGCUGGAAGAACUGGCAUUCUUUUUAAAAAUACUGGUGGUAGUCAUUAAAUAGAGCAAUAAACUUAAGCUUUUGAGCAUAA